UGGUUACGUGUAAGUACAUGUGUUUGUGCCUUUCACUUUUAGGCCUUCAAGGUGAAAACCCCUAAGGACGAUUACUCCCACUGGCUGAGCCGACCUUGAGCCUCGGACGGCUGUUCUCAGUGAAGGACCCUGCACUCGCGCCUGAGUAGUGACCAUGGGCCUGCUCGCCUACCUGAAGACCCAGUUCAUCCUGCACCUCCUCAUCGGGUUCGUCUUCGUGGUGAGCGGGCUGGUCAUCAACUUCACCCAGCUGUGCACGCUCGUCCUCUGGCCCGUGAACAAGCAGCUCUACCGCCGGCUGAACUGCCGCCUCGCCUACUCGCUCUGGAGCCAGCUGGUCAUGCUGCUGGAGUGGUGGUCCUGCACGGAGUGCACGCUGUUCACCGACCAGGCCACCAUGGACUGCUUGGGGAAGGAACACGUGGUCAUCAUCCUCAAUCAUAACUUCGAGAUCGACUUCCUCUGCGGGUGGACCAUGUGUGAGCGGUUUGGUGUGCUGGGGAGCUCCAAAGUGCUGGCCAAGAGGGAGCUGCUGUGUGUGCCCCUCAUCGGCUGGACGUGGUACUUCCUGGAGAUCGUGUUCUGCAAGAGGAAGUGGGAGGAGGACCGGGACACUGUCAUCGAAGGGCUGAGGCGCUUGGCCGACUACCCUGAGUACAUGUGGUUCCUCCUGUACUGUGAGGGCACGCGCUUCACGGAGAAGAAGCACCGCGUCAGCAUGGAGGUGGCCGCCUCCAAGGGGUUGCCUCCCCUCAAGUACCACCUGCUGCCUCGUACCAAGGGCUUCACCACUGCAGUCCAGUGCCUGCGAGGGACAGUCGCAGCCGUCUAUGAUGUCACUCUGAAUUUCCGGGGAAACAAGAACCCGUCUUUGCUGGGAAUCCUCUACGGGAAGAAGUACGAGGCGGAUAUGUGUCUGAGGAGAUUCCCUCUGGAGGUGAUCCCGCAGGACGAAAAGGAAGCGGCUCAGUGGCUUCAUAAGCUGUACCAGGAGAAGGACGCCUUGCAGGAGAUGUACAACCAGAAGGGCGUGUUUCCAGGGGAGCCGUUCAGACCUGCCCGACGGCCGUGGACGCUCCUGAAUUUCCUCUUCUGGGCCACAGUUCUCCUGUCUCCUCUGUUCAGCUUCGCCCUGGGCGUCUUUGCAAGUGGAUCUCCCCUGCUGAUCCUGAUGUUCCUGGGCUUUGUCGGGGCAGCAAAGGAAAGAAAAAUACUGGGCAUUAUCUCUGAUACACUGUAACGAGCCUUCUGAAUAGAGGUAGGUUGAAUGUCUAGAAAAACAAAUAGAGGAAAGAGGCAUAAAAAAAUUAGCCACUAAAUUGGAAAAGUAAUAAUGUGUUGGCCCUAAGUAUGUCGGGAAGAUGUAUCGGGAUGGCGUAAAUUCUUUAUAAACAACAGCACUGUCCUGAAUUAGGUUUGGAGACGGCGUCAGGGCAGAUGCCGAGCAGUGCGCAGGCCGAGACCCGGUGCUGCUAUCUGCGGGGCUGAAUGCGGGCAGGCCCUGGGGGGCCGAAGGGUUAGAACAGGACAGCUUAACCUGCUUUCGUUUUAGAACGAAGGGUGCUUGCCUCCGUGCUAAAGCACAUCCCCCGCCCCAGGGUGAGCGGCUACCUUAGAGCUGACCCGUCUUCCCACAGCUUGCUGCUCCUCUGUCUUCCUGGGUUCCUCUGUGCCCUUUGUAAGUCACUAAUUCCGAAGACAUCUCAAAAGAAACAGGUGGCAGAGCCAUCUCCUGGAAAAGGCACAGUUAGAUCCUUUACCACUUGGCUAAUAGUCCUGGUUUGCCAGAUAAGUCCCGCCCCCCUGAAAUGAACACGUGGUGUGUGAAUUCUACAUGGAGUCGGUUCACGAGCGGUGCAGACUCCUCCGUGAAUGGAGACGGAGACCAGGGUGUAGGUUUCAAACCUCAGUGAUUCCUUCUGAUUCAAUACGGAUCAGCUCAUCCACUGAACACCAAGCCCUUUGGGAGCAAUAAAAACUACACCAUGAAUGUUCAGGCCUUUUUUUUUUUUUGAGAGGGUUGAUCUUGCUUUUCAUUUACUUCAGAAGGAAAAGGGGAGGGGGACGCCUUUAAUUCUUGCAUUUAAUAAAUUGCACUUUUCUCUAUGCUUUGCCUUUGCACCCACUACUGAGCUCCGCUGCUGAUGCUGUCCCAUCAGAUUCAGGCUGAGGGUUGGCACAGGCCUUGCUGGUUGCAGUUGCCUUGUGCGCUCCAGGCCCGAAGGGGGCCCUGCACACUGGGCCCUGGGUCAGUCAAGGCCUGGGAGGGGAUUGCUGACCCUCCCUCCUGGAGUAGACUCUGCUGCUUGCCCUGUGCCUCUGGAGCCAGCCCCCUGCUCCUGCUGGGGGGUCACUGGCUCGGUGUUACUCAGCUCAGGCCAAGGCCCCACUCUCAGGUGCAGGUUCCAAGUCCUUUGUCGUCUUCCACCUACGCAUCCUGACCCUGCCCAGUGCAUGGAGUUUGGCUGGUGGACCUUCCCCAGGUGUCCAGCUGGAAGGCCAGAGUUCCUCGGGCCCUCUCCGGGGAGAUCCAGGGGCUUCGAAGGUGACUGAUGUUUCCAUGGUGACUUCGUAGCAGCUACCAGCGCUUGGGGACUUCCUGGCUCCCCUCUCCGGGGUCUUUGUGACUCACUGAGCUCACUGGGGAAGGGCUUGGCUGCUCAGAGGGAGAGCAGGUCGUAGGUGUGUGACUGCUCGGUGUGCACCCUCUUUCUACGGACUGGAGCCUGGUGGGGUGUGAAGUAGCUGCGCACUGACGAGAGUUCUAACCCGAGGAAGGAGUGGCACCGGCCGCCCUGUUUGAGGCGCUCUGUGGUCGCUGUCCUCAAGAAGCACAGGGUCUGUCUGAAGCGAUGAGCUCUGAAUAUAGAAACCACGAAAUCACAAAGCAACAGUGCACAUGGCACUUUCUUAUAAAAAAACAAAACAGUGCAGGUGUGGUCACUGAUCAGUACUGAACCUACCUUAUCCGUCCCUGUCACCACCCCGUGCACCGAGGCAGGAGAGCCCUCCUUACACUAACUCAGUUACUGAGCACGUGUUGGUCUGAAGAGAAGCAGUGGGUGUGGUCACGUGCGACUCAAGAGCUGUCUGUAGGCCGUCCCCACCCAUGUGACUGCUGACUGUCAGGUUUGGGGAGGAGAAGGAGUAAUUCUCUGCAUGUUGCUUUGUCUCUGCCCGAGACACCUAUAGGAUAAGCCAAAUAGAAUCUUUUCAGCCCCGCUGACUGUCAGCUGAAUUGUUCGACCCUGAGCGUGACCUCACGCUGCGAACUCCUCACAGCAACGCAUGCUUCCCCCAGCACGCGACACUCGGCACAACCCUCGGCGUCCAAUGGUGUGAUGUAGCUUCCGACUCUCCUGCCGUGUAACCAGGCUCAGCUCUGAAACAGCGGGCCUGCCUCGCCCGCCCGCCUUCUCUCUGGAGACAGCACGUCCCUGGCCCACGUGCCUUCCCUUUGUCUAGUGAAUUAGCUCCUGAAGCAAAGGCCAGCCCCUCCGAAGGCCCAGGCUUGGUGCCAUGCCACCCCCCCCCCCCCCAUUCCGGCUACACCACUCACUUGGACUGGACCAGGCUUUAUCCCAAACCCUGCUUGGGGCUGCCAGGGUGCAUGCGGACAUCGGGGUUUCACAUUCUUGCAUAUCAGGGCCAGGACGCAAAAACACAGGGACAGUUUGGGGAUAGAAGGAGUCCCAUUGUGUUCUGUUUGAUUGAGGGGGUGGACCCAUGCGAAUGAAGUUUUAGCACAAGCAUUUGCCACUCCAUGAUUCAGUGACAGUGGUGGCCUUCUCACAGACCACUCGGGAAAUGAAAGGACAGGAUCACUUUCACAGAGCCUGGGAAAUGACCAGAGAAGCUGACGCCAGGCAGCCCCAGCGGCAGCCCUGCGUUCUUUUCAAAGACAAUCGGGUUGUUCUAAAAUUUUAAGCUUUGUAAUGGCAAGUUCGCCUCGAGUUUUCUUUUCUCGUAUAAACUUUCGUUUCUUGACUUUUUGUUGCCUAAGCACUUGGACAGAAGUCAAAGCUGUGAAUGAGAUACUGAAAUGCACUAAAUUGUAUUAAAUUAAACUGGAGUUACUUGAUAACAAUGAAGAAAUGCAUCUGAUCUGCUUGUAUUUAUUGUCUCGGAACUGUACGUUGUGACAAUCGAAUGUUACUUGCCUAAAUGCCAGGGAAUCCAACUGGCUUCUAAUCAUAAAGACCACCAGCAAGUGAUGUACCAUAAACUAACUGUUAGACAUGAAGACCGUCCGCAAGUACUGUCGCUGGAAAUGAAAACCUCUCUGGAAAACCACACAAACCAUCGACUCAAGUGUGUGUGAUAGACAUUGAGGUCUUUUUCUAUUGUUGACAAUCUGCCAUAGCUGACCACUGGCCAGUUUCAAAGGGUGAUCAAUUGUAUACAGGGUGCACAUAUUAACGUUAUAUGGACGUUCCUUUUGUACACUUCAUUUUUACAAGUUUGCUACUCACAACCUUUGUGUAGUUGAGGACAGAGGUAUUUUUGGUCUAUAGGAGCUGGGGAGUGGGGGCGGGGGGAGCUAACUUAGACUUUAAAAGCCUGUGUCCCCCCCCAAACGGACUGUGUUUGCCAUGCUCUGCGGAGAUCACUCUGUGCGUGGGCGUGUGAGCCUGCCUGAGUGGCGGUAUUUUCCAGAGAAAAUGCUGCAGGCAUCUCACUUGUUUACUGAAGUUGCAACUGUGAAAGAGAGGGAUGAACUAUCCACAGCGUAAGAGAAAGUGACUGUCGGCCUCCUUCUGUUCCUUUGUCUCUAGUCUGCAUAGAUUUUCCCCCAGGGAAGUGCAGGACCUCGGCUCACUGGCCUGUGGGGUUGUCACCUGCCCCAGCUGCUCCCCGUCCUGCUCUGCGCAGUGCACUUGGCACGCCUCUCUUUCCCUGCUGGCUGCCUCCGGAGGAGAACGGGGAAGGAGCACCAUCAUCUGGCCAAGGCCAGAGGGGAAAUUAGUUGGUGCAUCAAGUCUACGACAUGACUCUGCCUAUAUAUGGGUCUUAAAAGCCAUCAAGGACGAAAGGGUUUCCAAAGUAGGCAUGUAUACAUCAAAAGCUAUUUUUUGUAAAAAUGUAUUCUAUGGAGAAAACCAAGGACCCCUUUUUCUUCUUUAUAAAGAACUACUCUUGUUAGAACCAAGAGCUAUUCCAGGGUCACAUUUGUCUGUCUGAGAAAAAUAAA